AUGCCAUCCUUGUUUGCCGAGAUAGGUGUCGCAGUUCUAAUUCUUGCAGUCGGAUCUUGCAACAAUGUUGUUAGUAAGAUCUUGUUCCAAACAAAAGGAGAAGGAUUUGAUGGCACAAUUCAAACAUAUGAGAAACCAUGGUUUUUAACAACAAUUAUGUUUGUCGGCGAGUUCCUUUGCUUGAUCAUUUAUGGAGUAUGUUGGGCAGUUUUCAAGUGCACAAAGAAGGAAGAUGACAAUAAUGAUGCUUCACUUGAUUCAUUAGGAGAAGAAGAAAACAAGGAGAAAAUUGUUUUUAUUACAAGAAAAGAAUGCGAACAAGAUCCAACAGGCGGACUAAAGUGGAAGUUGCCAUUAUAUGUCUUAUUGUUUGCAGCUUGCGAUCUAAUUGCUACAACAUUGCUAAAUAUUGGCCUUGUAUUUUGCAAUGCCUCAGUUAUCCAAAUCAUCAGAGGAAUGGUUAUUGUUUUUACAUUACUUUUCUCUUGGGGAUUCCUCGGAAGAAAGCCAAAUCUUUUCCAAGUUACAGGAGUUGUUAUUGCUCUCAUUGGUUUGGUUCUCGUUGGAGUUUCAGCUGUCAUUAGCAAUGGAUCUGGAGAAACUAAGUUCCAAGUUAAAUCUUUGAUUGGUAUUGGACUCACCCUUGGUGGACAGAUUUUCUCCGCUAUCCAAUUCACAUUUGAAGAGAAAGUCUUAAAGGGAAUUAGAAUUCCACCAUUGUUCUUAGUUGGUUGCGAAGGCGUUGCAGGUCUUAUUUUGUGCAUUGCAAUUGCUCUUCCAGCUGCAAACGCAAUCCAUGGCAGCGAUUACGGCAGACAAGAAUACUUCAAGAACACAUGGUAUAUGCUAUGGCAUGAAUCACAAAUUACAUUAUUAUCAUUUGCAUCCAUGAUUUGCAUUACUUUCUUGAACUGGACAUCAUUCGUUUAUGUAAAGUACCUAUCGGCAGUUGCAAGAACAUUAGUUGAUGCAUGCAGAACAAUUCUUCUUUGGAUCAUUAUGGUUAUUGUUUACUAUGCAACAAGCCAUGGAUUUGGCGAAGGUGUUACAUAUUAUACAAUUCUUCAAGCUAUUGGUUUCAUAUUUAUGAUGACUGGAACAGUUACAUACAAUAACAUUGCAGGAUUAGGUCAGAAAGUUAUAAGAAUUACAUGCUGCUGCUUCUUAAGUGAAGAUCAAGAGGAGAAAAAGAUUGAUGAAACAGAGAAGAAAUCAGGCUCAUCAUAUUCUGUAAGUGAAGACAAUAAAGAUUCAACAAGAUCAGUUGACAGUGAUUCUAAAAAGGAAACUGUAUAG